CUUCAGAAAAGCUGCAGAACAGACGCGAGAAGGAACAGAUGACUGCGGGACGCUUUCCCGAGAGGUGCUGAGGAGACUAGCACCACCUCAGAAUCCGAACCCGUUCUGCCUCAGAUGCUCCUCAUUCCCCUUCAACUGUCUGCAGCGAGUAAGUGGAAGUCCCCUAUACUUUCUGCACUUGCUUUGUCUCUAGCAGUGACCCAGGGCGACUAGGAAUUCUCGGCAAAAAGUCCAGGGGGUGAAUUUGACAGGAGAAACCAUCUCAGGGGUUUUCAGCACCCGAAACCAUUUGGAUAGAACCCAAGAAGAAGAAGAGGGAUCUCUGAACUGGAGACCAAAUCCUCUUGGGAUAAAGCAUUACUAUGAAGAGGAAGACAAGGCAGCUGAGAUACCUCUACAAUGCUGGAGACUGCUAUACAGGCCCUGUUGGUUUGUACAAUAUAGGACAGACUUCUUGCCUUAACUCUUUGCUCCAGGUGUUCAUCAUGAACCAGAAUUUCACCAAGAUCUUGAAGAGGAUCACAAUGCCUAGGGAACUGGAAGAGCGAAAGAGAAGUGUCCCUUGCCAGCUACUUCUGCUCCUCGAGAAGAUGCAAGACAGCCGGUUGAGAGCAGUAUGGCCUGUGGAGCUGGCAUUCUGCUUGAAAACCUGUAAUGUGCCUUUAUUUGUCCAGCAUGAUGCUGCCCAACUAUUCUUGACCCUCUGGAAUUUGAUUCAGAGCCAAAUUACAGACUUAGACCUGUCAGAGAGGCUGAAGACCUUAUAUACUGUCACAGUACGGGAAUCCCUGGUCUGCCUGGACUGCAAUUCAAAGAGACACAGAGAUAGCAAGAUGUUGAUCCUUUCUCUAUCUCUUUUUGAUACUGACUCAAAACCUCUGCAAACCCUGGAGGAUUCCCUACAUUAUUUUUUUCAGCCCAAGAUGUUGUCAGGAAAAAACAAGUGUUUCUAUGAGAACUGCGGGAAGAUGACUUGUUGGCAACAGACCCAGAAAUUAAUGCAUUUGCCCCCGAUGCUGGCAUUCCACCUCAUGCGCUUCCCUUCUAAAGAUUUCUCAAAGACUCAGAAGAUCAUCCACCCACUGAGUUUUCCCCAACACCUGGAUAUCAGUCAGGUUCUUCCAGAAGAACAAGAUUGGUGGGACUCUGAAGGACAGCAGUAUGAACUUUUUGCCGUGGUAGCUCACAUGGGGACAGCCAACUUUGGACACUACUGUGCCUAUAUCUGCAAUCCUGCUGAUGGCCAAUGGUUCUGCUUUAAUGACUCCAGUGUCUGUUGGGUGACAUGGGAAGACAUCAAAAGGACCUAUGGGAACUAUAACUUAUGUUGGGGAGAAACAGCAUAUCUUCUGUUUUAUAAGAAGACUGAAACCUCGUCGGCUAGCUCUUAAGCCACUUUCAAGACUAUCAGAAAGUCCUUUUCUGCCUUCAAAAUGGUUGACUUUCAAAAAAGGAUUCUUGUUGUCUUUAUUAUUUAUUAAGCAAUCAUUUUUAUAUGUAGUUCCAGUAAAACUCAAUCUUGGUUUGUGCCUAUAUAAUUAUGUUUUGUAUGAAUACCAAUUAUUUUUCAAACUUCAUCAAAUUUAUAUUCCUUCCUUUCUGCCUUUUUUCUCUGCGUUCCUACUUUCUACAAAUGUACAUUGAACAUCUAAUCUACUAUGAUAAGAGGCACCAUACUAAUGGUUGUGGAGGGAUGAGUCCAGUGAUGAUAAACAAAAACACAGUUCUUGUCCUCAAGAAACUUAAAAAAAAAAUCUAUACAUCUCAUCUAGUCCUGUCCAGUGCGGGAAUUUAGAAAUUUGUCCUUUCUUCUCUUAGGUGAAGCACAAUAAAUUCUGCGCCAGCCCCUUACCUUUACCUUAUGUGUAUCUCCCUGCCUCAAAUGUAUUUCUUGUAAACAACAUAUUGUAAUAUUUUGCUUCUUAAUCCACUCUGAGAAGCACUUCCGCUUUAUGGGUGAGUUCAUCCCAUUCUCAUUCACAAUUAUGAUUACCAUCUGUGUAUUUCCAUCUUAUUUUUUCCUUUUGAUCCUACUCUUUCUCUUUUCACUCUGUCCCUCCUCACAAGUAUUUUGCUUUUAAUCACACACUCCACUUCCCUCGCUUCCCCCUCUCUUCUGUCACCCCUUCUUGUCUUAUUCCCCUCCUACUUAUCUAUAGGGUAAGGUGGGAUUCUGUGCCCAAAUGAGUAUGGAUAUUAUUCCUUCUCUGAGCCAAUUAUGAUGACAGUAAGAUUCAUUUUGCCCAUCACCACCUUCAUCCUCCUUUCCACUGAUAUAAUUUUUGCAUCUCUUUAGGUGAGAUGAUUUACCCUGUUCUACCUCUCCCUUUUGUUUUCUUUCAUGCAAUCCUCUUUUUUUCACCCCUUUUUUUUUUGCAUAACAUGUCAUGCUAAUAAGCUUACUCCCAUAUUCUCUUUCCAUGCAUACUCCUAAAAAUUUUAAGAACUCCAAAUAUUAUCUAUUCAUGUAGGAAUAUAUAUAUAUGUAUAGAGUUUGAUCUUAUUGAAUCCCUUAAUUUUUUUCUUUCUUAUUUAUCUUUUUAUGCCUUUCUAUAAGAUUCUAGACUGUUUAGGUUUGGUCUUUUCAUUAGGAAGGGUUGGAAAUCUAUUUAUUAAAUUAUUUUAAAAUAUUAAAUGUAAAUUUUUAUUAAAAUUUUUUCUCCUGAAAGAAUA